UCUCCUGUAAAGAGGGGUUAAUUUAGGAGCGUGCGGCAAACGGGGCGGCGAGUAGCAUCACCACUAAAGUAAACAACGUGCUGUAAGAAUUCUCCCUUUCACAAUGGAAACGGAGAAACCAUUGCGUUAAGUGACUUACCGCUUCCGGCUUGGGUUUAAAGGAAUAUUUUUCAAAGAAAAGGUCGUCAUUUGGUCAGGGCGCGAACAGUUCUAUACCGAGAACUCAAUUUCAAGUGUCACUGAUUCUUUGACAAAUAAGGCGAAUUAUACUCCUCGUCCCGGCCUGCCUUGACAGCCACUGCGGAAACUCUCUCCUCAUUGCCCCCACUUCAAGUCGAACUAUUGCUUUGAUAAGCGGAUAGCUGCUAACCGGUGCAAAAGACGAAAACGUCCAGACGCGAAAAGAUGAAUUCCACUAAUUUGAGCGAGCGAAUAAAGGCUGUGACCGAAGGCGCGUGUUUUCAUUCGGACUCUAUGGCGGAGAAAGUUACUCGAAUCGUCCUCUAUUGCAUCCUCAUAGUUCUCUCCCUCACUGGAAACACUUUGGUCAUUGUCAUAGUCUUCAGGGAUAAGCGAAUGUGGAAAACAGUCAAUUACUUUAUUGUGAAUACAAGCGUUGCUUAUCUUCUCUUAACACUUGUGUAUAUGCCUCGAGUUAUUUCAAUGUCAUAUGUUGGCUACGAAUGGCUCGUGGAUGGGGACUUAGGGCAAUUCUUCUGCAAAGCCGUUUGUCUUAAUGAAGUCGCCAUCACCGUUUCCAUCUUCACCAUAGUUGCAAUAUCAGCAGAUCGCUUUUUUGCGGUCGUAUUUCCUCUUCGUCGGAUCAUGACAGACAGAAUUUGUAAGGUUGUUAUCGUUGGUAUCUGGUUGGCCGCUGUUUCCGCCGCUAUGCCACAGUUUUAUGGCCUCGAAGUUCGCACGUACCAAGGAAAAAACUACUGCUAUCUUGAUCUUGACAAAACGUUCGGCGAAGGAUCGGAAAAAGCUUUUUACCUGUUUCAGAUAACCGCUAUUUUCGGCGUCCCGUUGUCGUUGCUUGUCAUUCUUUACUCUUCGAUUCUCGUCUCCUUGCUGAAAAGAAGAAAUCUCCCGGGAAAUGGACUGGUUAAAAACGACGAGCGGUUGCAGCGGAGGGACAAAACUAGGAGAAAAGUCCUAAAAAUGGUAACGAUUGUCGUAGUGACUUUUGUACUUUCUUGGCUACUAUACUUCCUCAAUUUUAUUUUUCACUCAGAAGGAAUUAUCCUUCCUUGUAAGCUGAUGUUUUUUAGAUUAUUUUUGGCGCACUUCUAUUGCUCCGUUAACCCCAUCAUUUAUUACAUCUUUAAUUCUAAUUUUCGUCAGGGCUUUACGCAUAUUAUACCUGGAACAAAUCCUUGCUCAAACGCGACUGGAUUUAGCAAGAAACAAAAGUCUUGCAUUGUCCCACAUGAAUUGAGAUCGUUCACAAUUCAGCCUGCCAUUAACAAACCUUCGAAAAAACCUAGUUUAACUCAGGUAGUUAGUAGUUAGAGGUGAGAUAAUGUAAAAGACGUAAGGUAACGAUCUGAGGGUAUUCUAUAAAACGGAUGUAGUCCAUUUUAAAAGCUUAUUUAAGGUUUCUUUAGGUUAUUUUUUAGUAAAAGAAGCAGACCCUAUUCUUUUUAGGGAGAAGUUUAUUUUCUUUAGCGUUCAUUGGUACAGCCGAUCUGUGUUUUUGUUUUGAGGUUUAAGUGAAUAUUAAAAAAAAAAUUCGUUUUUGUGGUCGUUAUCGUUCGAAUCUCAUUAAUCCCACUCAUUACAAAAUAGAGUAAUAAUUCAGAGAGGAAAACCGGAGAUUUCAGAUCGCAGAAUAAAAAGCCUUCCUAAAAGGUUGCAGUUGAAUGUACCAUAGCCAUACAAUAUGUAGGCAAAUAUGGACAAUGACAUAACAAAGAAUGCAUUAGUUAUCUGCAAAUUUCAAAUUUUCUCCUGAAUCAAGAUCAAAUACUUUCAGACUAUAUGUAAGACGUGUCGGAAACACAUGUUUACUAGAGUGCAGAUGUAAAUGGCAAGGCACACGACCAGGUGAAUGAAGGACUUCUCUAGAAGGAAAAGAGAAGGGGAAGUACACAAACAGGCUAUAGUUAAUCUGUUCUCGACUUCGCGACCUAAUCAAUACUCCAAUACUUGGAGACUGUUUCUAAUAAUGUGCUUUCUUUUUUUAAUAUUGAAUAGUAAACCAACACCUCGAGUUUUUGCAAUAGACUUGCGUUAUUUAAGGUAGAUUGCACAUUGUUAAAAUAUCUAUACGUGCUUGUCAAUUUUUUUCCCCACAUAUUGAGGUUGAAAAGCAUUUGGACAAAAGACAGACUUGGUUGAGGAAAUCGUGCAUAUGAUGCAGUUAACAAAAAGAAGUUUUCCCAAUUAAAGAAACGCCACCUUUUAAGGUCAAGGCCCAAGUC